AUGGAUCCCAGCACAGGCCCCAAGGAAUUCGUUCUCUGCUUCGAUGGCACUGGAUAUAAAUUUCGCGGCAAUGAGUCGGACAGCAAUGUCCUCAAGAUCUUUCGAAUGCUGAACCGCCAUGAACCCGGGCAAUAUCACUACUUCCAGCCCGGAUUCGGCACAUUCGUGAGCACCACCUGGCUGGCUCCUCGCGGCCGGGCCAACAGGGCCAAAUCUGUAUAUCUGAAAGCGAAGGACGCUGCAAUGGGCACUACCUUUGCCGAGCAUGUCAUGGGCGGGUAUAGAUUUCUCAUGCGGUAUUAUAAUCCAGGAGACCGGAUCUACAUGUUCGGGUUCAGCCGUGGGGCGUACGUGGCGCGCUUUCUGGCCGAGAUGCUGGAUUUGGUCGGUCUCGUUGAAACAGGAAACGAAGAGAUGGCCGGAUUUGCCUGGAAGACGUUUGCGCAAUGGCAAAAGAAGCGAAAUAACCGAGACAUUGACGCGAAGAAGAAAGAGGAACUGUUCAACUAUAUCAAGGCGUUUCGGGAGACGUUCAGCCGGCCGGUCUCCCAGAUCCGUUUCAUCGGGUUAUUCGACUCCAUCAACAGUGUUCCCCGCUUCGAAAAUACAUUCAUGCAGCGGAGUAUGUUCCCGUAUACCGCCCGCACGUCUGCAAAGAUCAUCCGCCAUGCGGUGGGGAUCGAUGAGCGGCGGGCCAAGUUCCGCGACGAUUUGGUCUCGAAUGGCGAGCCCACGGCACGGUCUCGGAGAGCGCAACAACCCAGCGUCAGUGUGCGGAAGACGCAUGCGGAGGCCCAGACAGAUACUCAACAGCGGCAACCGUCUCCCACAAGUACGUCGGUGACGCAUUCCCAGUUAGCUGACAGGGAGCAUUAUGCGCCAGAUGUCUCCGACGGUAACUCCGCGUCCGCAGACAGCGACACAGAGCCCGAUAUCGAAGAAGUAUGGUUCGCCGGCUGCCACGCGGAUAUCGGUGGUGGAUUCCGAUUAGGCAAAAAUGAAGACUGGGCCCUGAGCCAUGUCCCACUCAUCUGGAUGGUCCAGGAAGCGCAGCGCGCAGGCCUCCGGUUCGACGCGGAGAAACUGAAGCAAUUCAACUGCUACGACCACUCGCACCCCACCGACGGAACCCCAACUCUAGCCCCAGAAACACUGCAGAGUGACCAAACAGGCGAAAAGGCAGCAGACGACGCCUCCCGCUUCGAGUACGCGCUCUGGAGCGCAAGCACACAUGGCCGCAUCCACGAUUGUCUCCAGUAUGGCAGCGGCCUUCCCUGGACGACGGUCCUCUUUUGGCGGGCGAUGGAGUAUCUCCCCUUCCGUCGGAUGAACUUGCAGGAUGACGGUUCGUGGAAGCCGGUUCGGUGGCCGUUGCCCCUAGGUGAAGUGCGUGAUAUUCCCGCCAACGCAAAGAUUCAUGUUUCCGCUAUUCGGCGUAUGAGGGCCGAUCCGGAUUAUCGGCCGGGGAAUCUGAUCGAGGGAGGCGGGGGUAGAGGGAAGAGGCGAGUCCCCGCCCACCGGGGAAUCGGGGAGUGGGAGGUCUGUGACCAUCCUGGGUCUCCAGUGCAUGAGACUUAUCGUCGUCGGCGGACGGCGACGGCGAAGGAGACGCGUGAUCUGCAGACUGAUAGUUAG